AUGCGGAUAUUCCAAAACUGCAUCGAGGAUCACCCAGAAACAAUAGGAAAUGACGGUUCUCUAUCCCAUCCCGAAGUCAAAAAGAUGACAUUGAGGCAGCGGAAAGUAUGUCGAUGUGUACAGCUCGUCGCAGACUUGAUUCUCAUCAUGGAGCAAGUAUUUAUUUCCGAAUUGCAAACCAUCGAUGAACCGCAACUCGAGGCCAUUUGCAAGAACUAUCUCUCUUCAAGGGCACAUGCUUACAUCUUUGAGGAGCUCAUAAACGUGGAUUGGCAUAAAUUUCAGAACACAGAGUCCACAAGAAUGAUAACUGGCAGAGCCAACGCCCAGUUGAGGAGGGUCUUGGACAGUUGCCGAAAGCACAUGUUAGGCUGA